AUGAGGCCAAUGUAUACUACCAAUGCUACCAGUCUGCCAACAUCCCUGCUGCUGGCUCUAGGAACUUCCAUAAACUGCUCAGCCUACGCUGAGUACAUUUAUCCUUGGAGGAACACCUCAACAAUUAACACAUGCUACGUUGUGGCAACCUUCUAUGACGUCCACUGCUACUAUUACAACCCCAUAACAUCCACUCCAACGACAUCUACCCAGCCCGCCACUAUUACAGGGCCAAACGAUGUACCCACACCAUUACCUAUCCAGCUACUACAACAUCACCACCGCCAAUGGCAUCGCGCUACAGAUUUCUAUUCCUGGAGUCCCUCCCUGAACGGAGACUGCUCCGGCCUGUAUCUGGACUACUAUGUCUGUGUGGGUUUAGUCUCCGGCAGCACUGUUGCCCUAACUUCCACGACAAGGGCCACAACUACUUCAACGACAGGAACCGGAGGCGCAGUCGUGACGCCUACCCCAACCCAAGCGGGAAUGGUGAGCGGCUGCACGAAAUUCUAUCUCGUCGAAAGCAGCGAUGGGUGCUACGACAUCGCUGCUGCAGAGGGGAUCACACUCUCGAACCCGUUUUCCUGGAACCCCGCUCUAAACGGGGGACUGUUCUGGACUGUGGCCUGA